UUUUCGUUGAAAAUGAGAAACAAAACAAUCUGAAAAAAAGCGAAGAAGAUGUUUAUUUUAUGUAUAAAUUACAAAAAGCAUGGCUUCCAUCUUUCAACGCGAAAAAGAAAGGGGAUGUAAUGAACCAAUGGGACAACAGAUUCAUGCACACAUACAAAGCAAUACUUCUUCGCAGUUUGUCUCCGCCAACCUAACCUCUCUCUUCUAGGGUUUCGCAUCUUCCAAUUCGUACGGUACUCACUCUUUUUCACUGGAUCAGACGGACUCUUCUUCAAUCUUAAAUCGAUUUAGUAUUUCCAGAGUCCCCAAGUGUCUCUCACUGAUUCCCUUUUUAAUUUAUUAAUUGAAUGCUGUGCUUUCUCUUUAUAUCCUUAUUUGGAUCUUUGAUGAAAGGGGGGUUGUUUGUUCCGCUUAAUUUGCAAUUGGGGGGUUGUUUGGUUUUGUGUCUGAAUUGUGACUAAUGUUACUCUUCUUUACUUAAUUUUGUUUAGGAUUAUAUUGCCUUUUUUUUUUUUUGGUGGGGGUUGGUGGGGAGUUUGGUUUGGCAGAAAAUUAAGGAAAAGGCUAAGAAUUUUAGGCAAUUCAAUAUUUUUUGUCUUUAUGAUAUUUUAGAUUUCCUUUUUUUUGUUUGUUUUGAAUUUUUGGGAUAGUUCUUUUUUGGCUCUUCAGAAGUUAGGGUUGAGGUUUUGUUCUACUUUAGUCUGACACACUGUUUUAUUACUGAUUAUUAGAGUAUAAGUGCCCCGUAGAGAAUUUCUUUUUCUAGGUGUUUUAGUCAUCAGGGCGUUAAAUUGCGUAAAUAUAUAGGUCAUUGACUGAUCAUUGAUCUUGAAGAGUGUUAGGUCAAGUUUAUUUUUUUUUUCUUUUGAUAUGGACUGAAUUUUGAUUAUGAGGAGUUGAACUUUACUUACUACCAAAAAGGAAAUGGAUAGAAAAAUUUUCUGAAUUGUAAUGCUUUUUUAUUUUGAUAAUUACUGUAACGAUUGCUGUUUUUUGGGGUUAUUUUUUAAUUCUGAAUUGUUAAUUUUGGCUUUUCUGUUUGGUUAUUGAAGAAACAAAAAUUCACAUGAAUGCGUAACAAUUUGUGUAAUUUCUUACUGCACAGCUGUCAAAUGCUGAACUUUUUUUGUGGAUUAGAACUUUUUACUUGGCGAGGUUUGAAGUGAUUUUCUCUUACAGAUUCCUAAGCUAAGAUUAUUGAGAAGGGAGUAAAAAAUCAUUCUAAGCUAAUUCUAUGUGAUAGGAAAAAUGUUCAAGCAAGCCAGCAUUUUGUGACACAAAGUAUUUAUAUUUUAUUGAAAAGAAGAAGUAUUUAUUGAGCAAACCCCAUGGAUUCUGUUCGGUGUUGGUUCAACAAGUCGAAGUCGAAAGAUAAGGUAAAGUCUGCUAAGAAGCAUGAAGCUAAAGGUAAUGGGAAAGAGGGGUUAAAUCCAAUAAGUGAAGAAGUGCCAUCCAAUGUAACCAAGCAGAAGGUUGCAGCUGCAAAACAGUAUAUUGAAAAUCAUUACAAGAAACAGAUGAAGGAUCUUCAGGAGAGGAAAGAACGACGCAAUGUACUAGAAAAGAAGUUGGCUGAUGCUGAGGUCUCUGAGGAAGAACAAAACAACUUACUAAAGUAUUUCGAGAAAAAAGAAACAGAAUACAUGCGCCUUCAAAGGCAUAAAAUGGGUGCUGAUGAUUUUGAGCCAUUGACAAUGAUAGGCAAAGGUGCAUUUGGGGAGGUUAGAGUUUGUCGAGAGAAGGCAACUGGUCAUGCAUAUGCUAUGAAGAAGUUGAAGAAAUCGGAGAUGUUACGAAGAGGCCAGGUUGAACAUGUGAAAGCUGAGAGGAAUUUACUUGCUGAGGUUGAUAGCAAUUGCAUUGUCAAAUUAUAUUGUUCCUUCCAAGAUGAAGAGUAUCUCUAUCUGAUUAUGGAAUAUCUGCCUGGUGGAGAUAUGAUGACUUUACUGAUGCGUAAGGAUAUACUAACAGAAGAUGAGGCCAGAUUUUAUGUUGGGGAAACUGUCCUGGCCAUUGAGUCUAUCCAUAAACAUAAUUAUAUUCAUAGAGAUAUCAAGCCUGACAAUUUACUGCUUGAUAGAAAUGGUCACAUGAAGUUAUCAGAUUUUGGGUUAUGUAAGCCUUUGGACUGCAGUAAUCUUCAAGAAAAAGAUUUUUCUACGGCAAAAAACCUUAGUGGAGCUCUUCAGAGUGAUGGACGCCCAGCAGCACCUAGACGCACACAGCAGGAGCAGCUGCAGCAUUGGCAGAGGAACAGAAGGAUGCUUGCUUAUUCUACUGUUGGAACACCUGAUUAUAUUGCACCUGAGGUUUUACUGAAGAAAGGAUACGGAAUGGAAUGCGAUUGGUGGUCUCUGGGUGCUAUCAUGUAUGAAAUGCUUGUGGGAUAUCCUCCCUUUUAUUCGGAUGUGCCCAUGUCAACUUGUAGGAAGAUAGUUAAUUGGAGAACUCAUUUAAAAUUUCCAGAAGAAGCAAAGCUAUCUCCAGAAGCAAAAGAUCUUAUCAGUAAGCUCUUGUGUAAUGUUGAGCAAAGGCUUGGAACAAAAGGCGCGGAUGAAAUAAAGGUUCAUCCAUGGUUUAAAGGCAUUGAAUGGGGCAAAUUGUACCAAAUUAAAGCUGCUUUUAUUCCUGAGGUUAAUGAAGAGUUGGACACCCAAAAUUUUGAGAAGUUUGAAGAGGAUGACAACCAAAUUCAAACGUCAUCAAAAUCUGGUCCAUGGAGAAAGAUGCUUUCAUCCAAGGAUGUAAACUUUGUUGGGUAUACAUAUAAGAACUUCGAAAUUGUAAAUGAUCAUCAAUUGCCUGGCAUUGCUGAAUUGAAGAAAAAGAGCACUAAACCGAAGAGACCGUCCAUCAAAUCUCUUUUUGAUGAUGAAUCAGCUGCGCGUGGCAAGCAACCUGUUCAUGGGAGCUUUUUAAACCUCUUACCACCACAACCAGAAACACCUGAGGAGCUGAACAAGUCCUAGUGAGCUGCACCAUUCUCUUCUCUUUCUCUUCAUUACCAUAGGAUGGCCAUAGAAAUUUGACCAAAGGGAUCAUGUUCUUCUCUGGUGAACAUUUUGUUUGCUGCUUCUUUACUUACAAAUUGUAGAGUGAAAGGGGACGAACUGACAAGGGCACCCCAAAAAGAAAAGAAAGGAAUGCCUUGGAGUCUUAGUUAGAUCUUUGAGUCUGUUGGGGAUUUUGAUUUUUUGUAUGAUAAUUUUUCUCAUAGUGAUGAUUCUUUUGAAAUUGUUGUGUAUAUUUUCCACCUCUCUGGAGCUUUGAGAAUUCUUGUGCAAGACAAGACGUAUUCUCGCGUUUCGUGUAAUUAUUAACUAACAGGGAAAGGAAAUCUUUGUUGCUGACUUGGGCAAUGUUUUCUUA